CAUUUAUUUCCUAAUAGAUUUUUAACAAAAAAGCUCAAGUCAAUCAGUCUACAACAUAAGUAUAUUAUAACGUAAUUUAUGAAGCUUAAUUUAAGAUAGAAAGGCUCCUUAACAUGCGAAUAUCAUUGUAGCUUUUAACAAUUCCAAACAUCAUAUUAAAAAAGGUGUUCUUAAACUUAAGUCACCUAAAGCUUAGGAUUUUUGUUCGGGGUUCGGUUACCUCGUUCCCGUGGCUGCCAACUAAUUAAACUCCCACAUCGUGAAACGAAUACAGUUGCUACCGGGUGGAAAAGAUUCCAUCGGCGGAAGAGAGCUUAAUCUGCCCCUGAGAAAGCCUAGUCAAUGCACGAUAGGCUAGAUAGCAGGUGACCUAAAACUUCCCAUUUCCCGGUAAAGUUUUCAUUUAUUUAAAAUCUUCAUGGUAAAUGAUAAGGAUUGUUAAUCAUGGCAGGUAGUUGCUUGGCCAAUCCAUGUGAUACGAAGGCCUCCUGUACAAAUACUCCCACUUCGGCUGCGAGCUGUUCCUGCAAAGCUGGUUAUACGGGCGAUGGUAUCGUCAGUGGAACCGGGUGUUCAGGCAAGUUUGUUAAGUUUAUGUAUAAGACCAGUAUGUGGUUAUUAAUUUCUUUUGAAACACUUGAUUUUCUCACUUUAAAGGUCACUGUUAUCGAUAGAAACAAACCAUUUCAUGGUUUGUGUAAAGGGUAUGGGCACAUAACUUUUUUACAGCCUUUAUAUUGACCAUACUUGAUGCGAUGCAUUUCCAGACGCGUUCAUUUGUUCUAGAGUCCUUCAACUUUGACAUAUUACCCACAAUGCACCCACAUAAUAUUUCAAUAUGCACUUCAAACCGAGAAAGAUCGCAUUUCUAUAUCCGUUAUGCCUGUCUGUGUUUUUUGCAGUCAGCAUAACUCAAAAACCUCUUUGAUGGAUUAUGGUGUUGUUUACAAUGUAGGUAGGUGUUGGGAAGAAGAAGAUCCAAAAUUUUGGGGUUACCUUGAUAUUGGAACAGAACUUCAAUUUUUAGUAUCUUUUGACUUUGGCGUGCUAGGGUCUGGUUGUUUUUGUUGAUGGCAGAUAACGUGUGUUAGAGGCUGGAAGUGGUGGAUAUUUGGGCCCUCUAGCGGCUUGCUCUGGAACUGUAGGGGUAUUUAUGUCGAAAUCAUCCAAAGAGAUUUACUGGACAAAUUAACGGCGGAUUUCCGUGAUUUGGUAUGCAGGUAGCUUUGACAGAGAAGAGCAUUAAUGUAAAUUAAACAAACUGGGACUUUCAUAUUGAUUAGUAAUUUAUUAUUCAUAAAUAAAUCAUAAUUACUGAGAAUCGAUGUUUGCAGUAUUUUCAAUUAUAGGGCACAAGUACAUGAAUAUAUGUAGUGUACGGAGGUUGGAACAUUAAUAGAUCAGAUACCAAUUCUGCAAAUAAGUUCCUAAUUUUCAUAAAUCUGUGUCAAAUGAUUGGAUUAUCUAUAUUGUGACAUAUGUAAGUUACUUUAUAGGGUACAAAACCAAGUAUAGAUUGUUAUUGAGUGGGCCGACUACUGACUCUUUGCAGCCAGGGGCUGAAACUCUUUGAGCUUACAAUAGGCGCGGCUGAUUUGCAAGGGUCUGAAGCGAGCUGCCAUUCGGCGCCAAUCAGGUGACCUUUAUACUACAGUAAUUGCCCCAGGUGCGACCAAGAAACUGUAAGUUUGCCUCAGGUGCGACCAAGAAACUUAGGAAAGUGAGAAAAGGCGUGUACAGUGCCUUUCCCAAGGGCACAAGAUCGGUAACACGGCAGCCGGAUACGAACCCGCGACCUCUCAGUCACGGGCCGAAGACACUGCCGCUGCGCUACGCGGUCCCACUGAGAUAAUGUAGAAGCGAGAUUCAUCUGCAUAUUCAGAAUAUUUCAUAGCGGAGAGAUGAGGUCUCCAAACACGUGUUUACAUCGUCCUUUAUAGACAUGGAUGCCUGCUUAGCUAACCCGUGUGACGCCAAAGCUACUUGCAAAGACAAUCCCGCUCCUGCCCUGAACGCGACUUGUACCUGUAAAACUGGAUAUAGAGGAGAUGGUCUCGUCAGUGGGACUGGAUGUUCAGACAUAGAUGCCUGCUUGACUAAUCCAUGUGACGCAAAGGCUACCUGCAAAGAUAACCCCGCUCCUAGCCUGGGGGCAGCUUGUACCUGUAACACUGGAUAUACAGGAGAUGGACUUGCAAAAUGGCACGAAGGUACAUCUGGAUGUUCAGACAUGGGCGCCUGUUUGGAUAACCCUUGUCACACCAAGGCCACCUGUAUAGACAAUCCUGCCCCUGCCAUGGACGCGACUUGUACCUGUUACCGUGGUUAUACAGGGGAUGGGCUUGUCAGUGGUAGUGGAUGUUCAGAAAUGGAUGCCUGCUUGGCUAACCCGUGUGACGCCAAAGCUACCUGCAAAGACAACCCCGCCCCUGCCCUGGACGCGACUUGUACCUGUAAAACUGGAUACAAUGGGGAUGGUCUCGCCAGUGGGACUGGAUGUUUAGAAUGGCCUCUCAUCUAG